AUGGCGCUAGCGGUAGAAAAGAUUGCCACUAAACCUUACGAUGACCAAAAGCCAGGAACAAGUGGAUUGAGGAAAGGUGUGAAAGUUUACCAAAGCAAGGAAAACUACACAGAGAAUUUUAUCCAAGCCACUUUAACCGCCGGGUUAGGUGACAAAAUUCAAGGCAGUUGCUUGGUAGUUGGAGGAGAUGGAAGGUAUUAUGGUAAAGAAGCUACUGAACUCAUUGUUAAAAUGUGUGCUGCAAAUGGGCUAUCCAAAUUACUGAUAGCUGAAAAUGGUUUGAUGUCUACUCCGGCUUUAUCAUGCUGCAUCCGUAAAUAUCAGACAAAUGGAGGUAUAAUUCUCACAGCUUCUCACAAUCCUGGUGGACCAGACGGAGACUUUGGUAUUAAAUUCAACACAGCCAAUGGAGGUCCAGCCCCAGAAGCUGUUACUAAUGGAAUAUUCGAAGCAACAAAAUCAAUUUCUGAAUAUAAGAUAUGUCGAAACCUUCAGAUCGAUCUAUCUAAGAAAGGAGCAACUAACUAUAAUAUAGAAGGGAGACAAUUUACAGUAGAAAUAAUAGAUUCUGUUGAUGACUAUUGUCAAUAUAUGAAAGAAAUAUUUGAUUUUAAUUCUAUAAAAAAUUUAAUCGGUGGAAGUAAUGGACAGCCACCUUUAAAUAUUCUCCUGAAUUCAAUGCAUGGAGUUAUGGGACCUUAUGUCAAGAAAAUAGUCUGUGGGGAGUUAGGUGCCCGUGAAUCUAAUACAGUAAACUGUGUUCCAUUAGAAGAUUUUGGAGGUCACCAUCCUGACCCUAAUUUGACUUAUGCAGCUGACCUUGUCAAUGAGUUAAAGAAAGGUCAACAUGGAUUUGGUGCUGCUUUUGAUGGAGAUGGCGAUAGAAACAUGAUAUUAGGAGAGAAUGCCUUCUUUGUGACACCAUCAGAUUCACUGGCAGUAUUAGCCAAUAACCUAGAGUGUAUACCAUACUUUCAAAAUACUGGGGUCAAAGGCUAUGCUAGGAGCAUGCCCACUGCUGGUGCUGUAGAUAGAGUAGCUAAAGUAAAAGGUAAAGAAAUGUUUGAAGUACCUACAGGCUGGAAAUUUUUUGGGAAUUUAAUGGAUGCUGGUAGAUUGUCUCUUUGUGGUGAAGAAAGUUUUGGUACUGGAUCUGAUCAUAUAAGAGAAAAAGAUGGCUUAUGGGCAGUGCUGGCAUGGUUGCAGAUUUUAGCUCAUACUAAGAAAUCAGUGAAAGAAUUAAUUACAGAUCAUUGGACUCAAUAUGGUAGAAAUUUCUUUACCAGAUAUGAUUAUGAGAAUUGUGAAUCUGGUCCAGCCAAUACAAUGAUGGAGAAUUUAAAUAACUUGAUAAGUUCACCAACUAUUAUUAACAAAGAAUACAGUCAUGAUGGAAAAUCUUAUACUGUAGCUCAGGCAGACAAUUUCUGUUAUACUGAUCCUAUUGAUAAAAGUGUCAGUAAAAAUCAGGGAGUAAGAAUUAUAUUUACAGAUGAUUCAAGAAUUAUUUUCCGACUGAGUGGAACUGGAAGUAGUGGUGCUACUAUACGUCUAUAUAUAGAAGGUUACGAAGCAGAUAUAGCCCAGCAUCAACUUGAUGCACAGGUUGUGUUAAAGCCUUUGAUUAACAUAGCAUUACAGAUUUCUCAACUAAGAGAACUUACAGGACGACAAGAACCUACAGUUAUUACAUAA